AAUCCAAAGCCAUCACUCAUCUCCAUCAGAGUAUACUCUCUCUCUCUACCUUGUUACCGCCUUCGACAUUCAAACGCCAUUUCUUCAAUCUCCUGCUACUGUGCGAGUUCCUUACUAAGUUUCGGAUCCAUUGGGGAGAGGAAGAUCUUAAGCCGAGGUUGAAGAGUGAAAUUGCGUUCCCUUGACGCAGAACAUGGGGGUUGGGGUUGAAAAUUACCACGUAAUAGAGCUUGUGGGGGAGGGAUCUUUUGGGAAGGUCUACAGAGGGAGGCGAAAGUAUACAGGCCGGACUGUUGCAAUGAAAUUUAUCCCUAAACACGGCAAAAGUGAGAAGGAUAUUCACAACCUGAGGCAGGAAAUUGAGAUUCUCAGAAAGUUGAAGCAUGAAAAUAUAAUUGAGAUGCUCGAUUCUUUUGAAAGUCCACAAGAGUUCUGUGUUGUCACAGAGUUUGCACAAGGUGAACUUUUUGAAGUUCUUGAAGAUGACAAGUGCCUCCCUGAAGAACAAGUCCAAGCAAUUGCUAAACAGCUGGUGAGAGCAUUGUACUAUUUACACUCGAACCGCAUUAUUCAUCGUGAUAUGAAGCCUCAAAAUAUUCUUAUUUGUUCUGGAUCUGUUGUUAAGCUUUGUGAUUUUGGUUUUGCACGAGCUAUGUCCACAAACACAGUUGUCUUACGAUCCAUAAAAGGCACUCCUUUGUACAUGGCUCCAGAGUUGGUACGAGAACAACCUUACAACCACACUGCUGAUUUGUGGUCUCUUGGCGUUAUAUUGUAUGAGCUUUUUGUAGGCCAGCCUCCAUUUUAUACAAAUUCAGUGUAUGCCCUUGUCCGACACAUAAUCAAGGAUCCAGUUAAAUAUCCAGAUAACAUGUCCUCAAAUUUUAAAAGUUUCCUUAAGGGGCUGCUUAACAAGGUACCUCAGAAUAGACUUACUUGGCCUGCUCUUCUUGAGCAUCCAUUUGUUAAAGAAAUUAAUGAGUAUGCAGAUGCUGGGGAGAUUCAUGCUCCUGAAGCUACUGCUGCUAGGGGUAAUGGUGCAACUUGUAGGGGUGAUGGAAACAUCCAAUCAACUGGAAUGAAUCUUGCAACUCCUGAAACAAGUGGAAAUGGAAACGUUGGGAGCCUUCAGGGUGAUGUCUAUCCGAACUCUCCAGAUGUGGCAAUUGCCAAUUCUUCACCAAAGAAUGAGCCCCCAGGUUCAAAUCCUUAUGACGCUGUACAGUCAGGUUGCCAGAUCUUGGAUCGCUUGGAAAACAACUCCCGGACAGUUAAGGGUGCAAAAAUGAUUGGUCAAGAUAAUGAAGCAUUGUCAGCUAUUUUACUUCCACUAAAAAGUUGGUGCAACAGAUCUACAGAUUUGUGCCGGGACGAAGACAUUGUGACAUCAAACCAGUCUCUGAGAAUUCUUUUGAACUUGGUUGCAGCUGGGGCUAUCAACUCAAGUGGGAUUCUUGAUGAAAUCAUAUGUGAACUUUUUGCCUUCACUUCUUCUAUCAUUAAACUAAGAUCUCCUGAUGGUAUUGAAUUGGUGACUAAGAGUUUUUCAGUUACUAAAAGGUUCUUAGAUAUCUCCGGAGGUAUCAUUUCAGGAUCAUACUUCAGGCACUUUACAACACUGGUUGACUUGUAUUCACAGGUCCUUAAGUGCCUGGAUGAUACUUCUGGAAGAGCUGCGUUUGAGUCUACUGGUUGUAUUACAGUCAUGUUAUCUCGUGUGGCUCAGGCUCUUAAAGUUUCUUCUGCAAGAUUGGCACCUGAUGUGAUUAGUAACCCUUCAGUAGUGAAUGAAAUUGUCAAAGAGUUUUUACUCCAUGCUCAAUCUUCUGUCCUAACAGACCUUUUGUGCUCAUGCCUAGCAACUUCAGGCUCAAGUCUCAUAUCUGGUUCUUCAAAUUUAUUGCGAGCUGCUUGUGAAGCCUGCAGGGCUUUGUGGGCACUAGUGGAUGCAUUUGAAACACUUUCAGUGAAAGAAAAAGGCCAUUCAUUUCCACUUAACUCUUUGAGGACACUUUCUCUGCAUCGACUGGAAAUUGAUGAUGACAAACAAGGCUCUUUGCUUGUAAAAGAUUCAACGAAAAUCAUUGACGCAGUGACAAAAGCAUUUCUGAGGUCCAAACCAAUACAAGUUUCUCUUUGUUAUUGCCUGCAUCAACGCGUUGAGGUUUCCUUAUGUGCCACAAUACAGCUUAUAAUGCGGUGCUGCUUGCAUAGUGGAGUUGUUGCUAAUGUUCUUUGUGGUCUACCAAGCUCUCUCCCUGUUACUACUGUUGUUAGUGGAGGAGGGGAUGGUACUAUCAUUUCAGAGAUCUUCUCGAUAUUAUCUUUUUGUAAGGAAGCAUCUGGUGAAGUUCCAAAGUUCAAGCUAAAUAAUCCAGGGAUCUUGGUUCUGCAUUCAUGCCUUCUCAUUGCGACCAUUGCACAAUCUUUGAAGCUCUCUGGAAGAAAUUCUGCAUUAUUUAUGCUCACAACAUCUUCCAAGAAACAACAGUCACGAAUCUCUGUUCUUGCCCACCAUUUCUCAUCUGAUGCACAGUUAUCAUGUCAACCUCACUGUGCAUCGGCGAUGCUAGCUCUUGCAUCCAUUCUGUCUCUUGAGACUGGCAGUUCUGUAGGAACUUCUAUAUCUGACCUUGCUGUGCCUCUAAUCCCUCGAACGGCCAAGCUAUGUGACUACCUUAAGGCUUCACCUGUAGAAAAAGAUGGAAUAAACUCGGAUAUGUUUAAUCAGAUGUUCUCAUAUUGGCAUGGUUUAAGAGAUGGAUGCAUCGGAUUGUUGGAAUCACGACUAAAAUCUGGAGGACCUUUAGCAGUGCAGCAGUCAUGUGGAAGUGGCAUUCCACAAAUUCUUAUUGAUUUGUUAACAAGUAACCUUUCAGAAAUCUCUUCUCAAGGGCCUGAUUUCUCAAAAGAUCAAAUUGGUUUGUCACCAAUUGGGGUUGUUUGGAGCAUUUCUUCAAUAUGUCUAUGCCUUUUUGGUGGAGUAACAACCUUUCGACAGAUAUUGCUAAAGAUGGAGCAUGCCAAGGCCAUAUCUGAUUUGAUAUCUGACUCACAUCUUAAGCUUGUUAGAAACUGGAGUGGCCCUGGUGGAGGGAAGGAUGGUGCUAGAGAGACAAUAAAUGCAGUAAUUGAUCUCUUGGCAUUUCCUUUUGUGGCUAUUCAGAAUGUUCAGAAUGCUCAAGGCUUGCCAUCUGCUACAGCUUCUGUGAACAGCGGAUUUCUCCUUAAUAUGGGAUCACCUGGUGCAAGAGUUUGUCCUGAAGACAAAGACAUGGUGAAAGCCAUAGAAACACACAUGGGAAAGUAUAUCCAAAUCCUACUGGAGGUAGGAGUUCCAGGCAUUAUCCUUGGGUGUUUGGAACAUAUGGAGCUGAAAGACAUUGGAAAGCCUAUUGCAUUUCUUGCCAAAAUGGUGUCUCACCGGCCCCUUGCUGUACAACUUCUAGGUAAAGGUCUCUUGGAUCCGAGGAGAAUGAAGCGUUUGCUCGAUGGUUCAUGCCCCAGAGAAGUCAUAGUCGAUGUUCUCAUGAUUGUUUCAGAUUUAGCUCGCAUGGACAAGGUUUUCUAUGAAUACAUCGAUGCAGCAGAUAUAGUGGAAUUUCUCAAGGAAUUUUUGACCCACGAAGAUCCCAAUGUUCGUGCAAAGGCAUGCAGUGCCAUUGGGAAUAUGUGUCGGCAUAGCUCCUAUUUCUAUGAUGUACUGGGAAAACAUCAAAUCAUUAGUCUCCUCAUAGACAGAUGCGCUGAUUCUGACAAAAGAACACAGAAAUUUGCUUGCUUUGCCAUUGGCAAUGCUGCCUAUCAUAGUGACUUGUUGUACGAUGAGUUGAGACGAGCAAUACCUCAGCUUUCUUAUUUACUUCUUUCGGCUGAGGAGGACAAAACCAAGGCUAAUGCUGCUGGUGCACUCAGCAAUCUUGUCCGCAACUCCAACAAGCUCUGCGAAGACAUCAUCUCCAAAGGAGCCAUGCAGGCUCUACUGAAGUUGGUAGCAGAUUACUCAGUCCUAGCGCUUAAUCCAAGCAGAAGGGAUUCUUUGCAUGAGUCGCCUCUAAAGAUUGCGCUUUUCUCAUUGGCAAAAAUGUGUGCUCAUCCGCCUUGCAGACACUUCCUCCGUUCAUCAGAGUUGUUCCCAGUGAUUAGGCAGCUUCAGCAGUCACCAGAAUCAACAAUUGGAAAUUAUGCCUCUGUGAUUGUCAGAAAAGCUGCAGAAGCUUAGAUUAGUAGUCAAGUAGCUAAUGCAAAACUUAGAUUGGAAGUGUUCUUGUAUUCGAACAAACAGAAUAUUUUAGUAAAUAUAUUCAUCAUCUACAAGUAAUGGUCUUCUCACACCAUUAUGUUGUUGGUUCAUGUUUUGUCUUUUA